CACACAGAAACCUCCCUGCGGCAAGUGUAUCUCAGCGCAGACCAGGGUUGCAUUCCAAUCCUUGCCCGUCCUCGAUUCAUUGGCCAGUUGGGAUUCCGAGUUCCUAUUUCUUUUCUUUUUGCGCCUGCGCGGGAGAAGGGAAAAAACGAGGAGGCUAAAUAAGAAAGAAUAAGAAGGAAGAAGAAGAAGAAGAGGGGAAAAGCGAGGAGAGGGUCGAAGAAGCAACAAGAGGGUGACGAGGCCCAGCUUGCGAACCCGGCACUCGUUUACCGUCGUCGUUUACCCGAGAAAAGAAAAGCAAUUAACCUCUGCAGAAGGAAAGCGCUGCUGUAGGAAAGAUGAAGGCCCUGCGAAGGUCGAUUAAGGGCGGAGAAAAGGACGGCAAAGCUCAUGUCUCGAUCGCGCCCAAAUCAGCUCUCGCAAUAGUUCCUCCAAAGAAGGUCAUUCGGGCCCUUUACGAUUAUGAGGCAUGCUCCAGCCAGGAGCUCAGCUUUUCCCGCGGCGACUUCUUCCACGUCAUCGGUCGCGAAAACGAUAACGAUUGGUACGAGGCCUGCAAUCCUGCCCUGCCAGACGCCCGAGGCCUUGUGCCUGUCUCCUAUUUCAAAGCCCUCGGCCGCACAGAGCGCGACAGCGCCAACUCUGAUUCGAGUCGACCAUCCCCCGGCGCCACCAACAAUCCCGACCACGACUCGGGCUAUUCUGAGAUCUCCGCCUCCAGCGUCACACCUACUCCCUCGGCGACACCCAGUCAGCGCAUCUCCAAGAUGUCGACCAAGAACGGCGCCAUGGUCUACGGAAUAGUCAUGUACGACUUCCAGGCCGAGCGGGCCGAUGAACUAGAGGCGAAAGCAGGAGAGGCCAUCAUCGUUAUCGCUCAGUCGAAUCCCGAGUGGUUCGUGGCAAAGCCAAUAGGGAGGCUGGGCGGCCCGGGACUCAUCCCAGUUUCCUUCAUCGAGAUCCGCGACAUGGCUUCAAACACGCCAGUUGCCGACCCUGGCGGUGCCAUUAAGAGGGCAGGAAUACCGAGGGUUGAGGAAUGGAAGAAGAUGGCCGCGGACUAUAAAAACAGCAGCAUUACGCUGGGCAAGUUUGACAGUGGAGCACCGACGGGACAACAGAGCGUGGAACAGGGCAUGGAGCGCAUGAGCCUCCAACAGGCCAAUAGCCGGACAAGCCAACAAGCGAAUGGCCAACAGAACAACUUCUCUAGCCCACAACAGACCAGUGCGCCCGCUUCUCCGCCUUACGCUCCUCUCUCUGCACGGAUACCCCGAUACUGCUUCGCGGAAGACAAAUACUGGUUCGUUAUCGAGGCUGCACUGGAGGACGGACGGCAUUGGGAACUCUCGCGAUACUACGAAGACUUUUAUGACUUCCAGAUCGCGCUCCUGACCGAGUUUCCCGCCGAGGCUGGAAACACAGGCUCACAGAAGCGAACCCUGCCGUACAUGCCCGGUCCUGUCAACUACGUGACGGAUGCCAUCACGGAGGGGCGGCUGCACAAUCUGGAUGCCUACGUGAAGAAUCUUUUGAACCAGCCAGAAUACAUCUCGAGGUGCAACCUGGUGAGGCAGUUCUUCACGCCGAGAGAAGGGGAUUACGAAAUCGACCCGAACACGGGCGGAGAAGAAUAUCGACUCUCUGGAGGCUCUCAGCAAUCUUCUCAAGACACGCCACCAGACGCUGUGUCCCAGCAGCCAUCGAAAAACAGCCUGAAUGGAAAUGGGUACGGAGGACUGUCGGCAGCUCCUGCCCAGCGUGGACCUAACGGCAUGCCGCGCCAGAACUCGUCCAUCUCGCAACCAUCGCAGAACUCGAUGUCUCCAGGUCUGAACCAGCAGGCAUCCGCCAUGAAGAUCAAGCUGAGCUUCAACGGCGACCUGAUCGCCAUCCGCGUACCGACAGACAUCCAGUUCCGCGAAUUGUACGAGAAGAUCCGUGACCGGCUGAAGGUUCCCUCCAGUGACUCGAUCGAUAUAUCCUACAAGGACGAGAGGUCCGGGGACAAGUUGCCCAUGAUCAGCAACAAUGAUCUCGACACAGCCUUGGAGCGCAACGAGAAGCUGCUGCUAUAUGUGGAGCAAGUUUGA